AUGGAUGCAGCACAUUCUCAGCCUUCAGGCCAACAUCAGAAAUAUUCGGAUGUAGAGCAUAAAGAUAUGACAGCGAUUUUUAUGAUGGAAGGGCCUUGUCCAUAUGAAGUUUCAGGGUCUCUGGAUGUAUCUUCAAUAAGGAACAAAAUCAAUGGACAUUCAGUGACUCUUUUAUCACGGUUUCCUAUGUAUAUCUCGAAAGAGGAUAAUACUAAUAUGUUUUGGAAAAAUUUAUCAUCAGAACAAAUGUUUAAUUAUUAUGAAGUCAGUGCAUUGUCUUCUGUUUCUUUAGGUAAACGAGGUAACGAUUAUACGUGUGAAAUUUCUUGUGGCAUUCUUUGUCCAAAUCAUAAGAAAUUUUGUCGAGAUUCCACAAUUUUUUCAUUAGAGUUCUCAAAAGUUGUUUCAAAUCUAUUCAUUCAAUCCCAUUUGAAUCAUUUUCGCAUUUCUAAACGGUACAAUCGCUCACCAUCUCAGUUUCUAUGGCUUUUGCCGAAAUGUACUUCUUUGUAUAAAUUAAGUUAUGAUUUUAUUCCGAAUUCAAAUUUCUUUCCAUUGACGUUGUAUGGUUCACCUACUGUUUAUUCUCAUAACUUUGUUUUUUCAAAGAUGCCUGUAUCUUUUUGGAUGGUUUCUCCUUCUUUACUUAAUACGUGUUUUGCGCCACCUAUUACUCAAGCUAUUUUACAAGAACUCGAGCUUAGAGAAAUCCUUAAAAAUAUUCAGCUUCGUCAUGAUAUCGUACAUGAUACAAAUCUGCAGUUUCGUCCUAAUAUGGAUGGUGAGCGCGGUAAAAGAAAACAACUUCUUGCAAAUAGAUAUUGGAAAAGUUUAAAGAGAGAAAUCGAACAAAUACUUAUAUUUCAAGCAAGAAAGAAAAACAAUGUAAACAUCAGUCAUAAAUAUCCUCAUACUACUAGAGUUUUUAUUUUAUUCAUUGAAUUGAGGAAUAUUUUAAUUAAUCUUUUACCAUCUUCCAAUAAAACUUACAUUGUUGAAAUUUUAGAUCCAAACCUUAUAAUUCAAGAAAUUAUUCAUAACUUAUUUGACAUUGAAAAAUUUAUCGAGCAUCUUGUUGAGAUUUUGAAGCAACAUUGUGCACCUAUGAGAGAUGCAUUAUUAGAUAAAAUGGCUAAAAAAGUUAAAAUGGGGCUUAGGGUUAAUAAUGUUUCAAAAUUUGUUUCUGGUCUUCGAAUGGUAUUUGAUAUACUUGAAAUAAUGAAGCUGGAUAUUGCUAAUCAUCAACUUCGAACACUAAGAGCAUAUUUUUUGGAAACAGCAGUAGAGUUUGAGCAAAAGUGGUUUAUUGAUAGAAUUAAUUGGGGCGAUAUUGAUAUUAGCGAUGCGUUGUCUUGGUAUUGUCAUUUUUAUCAUUUUCAUAUUAAGUCAGAUUUAAAGAGUUUUGAUUAUCAAAAAGCAUUUGUUGAUGGUGUUAUAGCAUCUAUUACAUAUAUCUCAUUAUUUGAUUUUCCAUCAACAUUUACAUUCGAUAUACCUCGUCUUAUGUCACUUCGUUCUAAUAUUCGUGAUAUUGUCUCUUUUCAAUUAAUUCUUCUUCUUUUUUGGCAAUUACUUCGGACUCAAGCCCUAAAACUUUCAAGAAAUCAUAUCGUAGAAUUUAAACGGGAGAUAUGGCUUAUCGUAAAUGAAGAGCUUGAUGAUAAUAAAUGGCUUAACAAUAUUUCGUCUAUUACUACUCGGAUUGCUAAAUAUAUUAGUCUUAAAGGAACCUGCUUUCCAAAUAAUAUGUUAGAUUCAACAAAAAUUACUAUUAUAGAGAAUUGGCUGUCUAAACAUCUUUUUCCAAUCUCUUCAUUAUAUCGUUUAGUUGAAAGUCGCAUUCUUAAAUCAAUUGGUGAUAGAAUAUUUAAAACAUUAUGUAUUCCAAAUCAGAAAAGUUCAUUAUUUUUUUACAAUCAUAUUCGACGAGAACCAUAUUGUUUAUUCAUUGAUAUGAUUCUUGAAAAACUAUCAAAAAUCAUCAUAUUUCAUUGGAAAGUAUUUGGAAAAUGGUAUAUUGAUUGUAUAAAAAGUAAAUCUACAUUCACAUAA